UUUACGGUCGCCUCGGAGUUGGAGAAACCGCUCUGGUCCUCGUUUGCUUUAGGAUUACGCCGAAUGAGUUGGCUAUAAACAACCCGAAUUACAUAACAGCGCGUAAUUUACUCAGUGCACUUGUAGUUGACGGACGUGUUAAUUUCCAAAGGAGUCGUAUAUUUAUUUUUAUUUGAAUAGAAUAGCGGGAUACUAUUUUCCUGACAAGGUGACAAGUGCACAAGGAUAAGUGUCUUAGGAGGGUAAAUAAGAUCUUCCAACAUGUCAGUGGUCGGCAUUGAUGUGGGUUUCCUAAACUGCUACAUUGCCGUUGCCAGGAGCGGUGGCAUUGAGACCAUCGCCAACGAAUACAGUGACAGAUGCACGCCGGCCUGUGUGUCUUUUGCCACCAAAAACCGCAUCAUUGGAAAUGCAGCCAAGAGUCAAAUGAUAACAAACUUCAAAAAUACAGUCCAUGGCUUCAAAAGAUUCCAUGGCAGAGCAUUCGACGACCCCUUUGUGCAAGCAGAAAAAAACAAACUACCUUACCGUUUGGAUAAACUGGCUGAUGGAACCACUGGAAUUAAGGUGCGUUAUUUGGAUGAGGACAAAGUGUUCACAGUGCAGCAGAUCACGGGGAUGCUACUCAGCAAACUGAAGGAGACAUCAGAGGGCGCCCUGAAGAAACCCGUGGUGGACUGCGUGGUGUCUGUCCCCUGCUUCUUUACAGAUGCUGAGCGACGGUCCGUGUUGGAUGCUACGCAAAUAGCCGGGCUCAAUUGUUUACGGCUGAUAAAUGACACCACUGCAGUGGCGUUAGCCUAUGGGAUCUACAAACAGGACCUUCCCACUCCAGAGGAGAAGCCUCGCAAUGUUGUGUUUGUGGACAUGGGACAUUCAUCUUACCAGGUCGCAAUCACAUCCUUCAACAAAGGCAGACUCAAGGUCCUCGCCACGGCGUUCGACCCCUACCUGGGCGGGCGUAAUUUUGACGAGGCCUUGGUGAAUUACUUCUGCGAGGAGUUCAAAGUCAAAUACAAGCUGCAAGUGCGAGACAACCCGAGGGCUGUGCUGCGUCUGUAUCAGGAGUGUGAGAAGCUCAAGAAGCUGAUGAGUGCCAACUCCUCAGACCUGCCCCUUAACAUCGAGUGCUUCAUGAAUGAUAUCGAUGUUUCCAGCAGGAUGAACAGGGGCCAUUUUGAAGAAAUGUGUGCACAGUAUUUAAUGCGUGUCGAGCUGCCGCUGAAGGACGCUCUCGAACAAUCAAACCUAAACCGCGACGACAUCUACUCUGUGGAGAUAAUCGGAGGCGCGACGAGAAUGCCGUCCGUCAAAGACCGGAUCGGCAAAUUCUUUGGCAAAGAUGUCAGCACCACGCUCAACGCUGAUGAGGCUGUCGCCAGAGGUUCUGCUCUUCAGUGUGCAAUCUUGUCUCCAGCGUUUAAAGUGCGUGAGUUCUCCAUCACUGAUGCUGUUCCCUUCGCCAUUACUCUUCGCUGGAAAUCAUCAACAGAGGAUGGACUCGGAGCGUGUGAGGUUUUCAGUAAGAAUCAUCCGGCCCCUUUUUCCAAAGUCAUCACCUUCCAUAAGAAGGAGCCUUUUGAACUUGAAGCCUUUUACAGCUGCCCUCACGAGCUUCCAUAUCCAGAUUAUAGGAUAGGAUGCUUUUCAGUCCAGAAUGUGGUGCCCCAGCCGGAUGGAGAAAGCUCCAAAGUGAAGGUCAAGGUGCGCUUUAAUGUUCAUGGAAUCUUCAGUGUGGCUGGUGCCUCCUUGAUUGAGAAACAGAAAGGAGAAGGGGAGGACAUGCUGAUCGACGUAGACCCGCAUGUGCAAAAUGAAGGCAAAGUCGAGGAGCAGACCAAAAUGCAGGUUGACCAAGAAGUCCAAAGUCAAGGGGACCAGCCGAAUGAAGAUAACACUUGUGCUAAUAAGGGGGGUGCCGGUGGUGCAGGGGACACGCAGGAUCCAGCAGCAGUAGCAGGGAGCAAAACCAAAAUGAAGGUGAAGAGUGCUGACUUGCCCGUUGUGGCCAGAAAUAUCAGACAACUCGACAGCCAAGUGCUGUCUAAUUUUGUCCAAUUUGAGCGUCAGAUGAUCGUGCAAGACAAACAGGUAAAAGAAGCGAAUGAUGCUAAAAACGCUGUGGAGGAAUAUGUUUAUGAGCUCCGAAACAAAAUCUGUGGCAUCUAUGAAAAGUACAUCACACAUGAAGAUAGCAACAAGUUGACAUUGCUUCUGGAGGACACUGCAAACUGGUUAUAUGAGGAAGGGGAGGACCAAUCCAAAGACGUUUAUGUGGAAAAGCUGGAUGCACUCAAGAGUCUGGGUCAACCUAUUCAAGACCGGCAUAGAGAGCACGAGGAGCGGCCAAAGGCUUUUGAGGAGCUUGGCAAGAGACUACAAUUUUACAUGAAGUUUGUGGACGCUUACAAACAGAAGGAUGAGCGUUAUCUCCAUUUGGCUGCAGAAGAUGUCAACACCGUUGAGAAGUGCUUGAAUGAAAGCAUGGUGUGGAUGAAUAGUCAGAUCAAUGUGCAGAGUAAGCUGGCCGUCACUCAAGAUCCCGUUGUGAAAGUAGCAGAUGUCAUUGCCAAAAUACAGGAGGUGCAAGAUGUGUGCACCACAGUGAUCAACAAGUCCAAGCCCCCGGUGGAGGAGACGCACGAGGUGAUCGACCAAAACAACGACCCGACAGCCAAGCAAGGCCCAGAUGGGGCGGGGGACGCCAAGGGAAGUCAACACACAAAACAUACGACAAAGGAGAUGGAAGUGGACUAAGAAAAUUCUCUGACAUCUCCACGUCCAUCACUAUGACGACCAUCAGCGACCAAGUAGACAGUAGGGAUAUCGUUACAGUACCUGGGACCACUUUUCAAUCCUCGCCAUCCACACAGGUGGAUUUAGUGGAUUUGUUCAUCUCCAUAAUUUCAGUUUGCACUCUUCUGUCCAUCCUCAUGUGUGACUUUGGUGUGCUUCUGCUCUCAAAAGCUUUUGAUUAUUAAGCAAACCAUGCAAUAGAUUGAAAUGUUUGACCUUUUGCUUAAAGGAAGCAUUUGCCUUUUGUGCCCUCUAUUGUAGAGUGUGACCCCUGAGAGAGACCCAAAGAACUACAGUAGCCAACAGUUGUCACCAAUUUGUUAGUUUGUAUGCAGUAGUGUUGAUUCUACAAGAUAUAUUUGUAUGUAACACAUUUGGGAGUUAAAUUCUAUUUUAAUAUUUAAUAUAAGCCAUCAUAUUUAAGGUAUAGAAGAACACAUUCCCUAUGGUAUCAUGAGCUGAUUUAUAGACUUUGUAGGAGGUGAUGCAAAUCAACUUCUUAUGCACACCGAUUUUUCAUGUUGAUUUUCUUGUAAGUUUGCAUUUAGGAUUUAAGUUGAAAAAAAUAAACAUUAAGUAAAAACAAGA